UCUAUAUCUACCUAUCUAUCUAUCCAUCUCUUAUCUCCCUGUUUGUCUGUCUGUCUGUGUAUCUUCCUCCCUGUCUGUCUGUCUGUCUGUCUGUGUGUCUGCCUGCCUGUCUGUCCGUCUGUGUGAGUGUCAUGGCCCCCACCAUAAUCGAAGACUUUGAGCUUGAGGUGCUAGAACUUGUGGAGGAACGCAGUAAAUCUAUUAACAUUCGUAAGAGGAGCAUCACCACCACCACCACGUCCACCACCAUCACCACCACCACCACCAACACCACGCACCACCACAGCAACCACCCUCACACCUUCCGCCACCUUGGGAAUGUGGUUAAGCCUGCCUCCACGUCCUCCACAAGCAGAUUGAAGGAGAAGGUAGUGGAAGGAUGGGUGGACUCGCUAAAUUCCAAGAGUCUCCCUGAUAAUAUUAAAGCUCCGCCGUUUUCUGUGACGAGUGCCGCGGGAGUUAAGCCACACCGCCCUUUUUCUAUCUAUGCAAGGUUAUUUAAUCUCUUCAAUGUGUCCACUACGCCCCAAAAACACGAGACGGAGAGACACAUUAUUGCCAACAGUCCUGAAUUUAACGCACAGUUCAACUAUGCCAAAAACUACAUUAAAACCUCCAAGUAUACGCUGUUCAACUUUGUCCCCUACAACCUGUUCGAGCAGUUCCAGCGCCUUGCCAACUUCUACUUCUUGUGUCUCUUGGUGCUCCAGCUAAUCCCGGUCAUCUCUUCACUGUCACCCAUCACCACAGCUGUUCCCCUCAUCGGCGUGCUCACUGUCACUGCUGUUAAGGACGCGUAUGAUGAUUUUCAACGCCACCGCAGUGACCGCCAGGUGAACACACGCAAAACUUGGGUGUUGAAAAAUGGGCAACUUGUGCAGGAGCCGUGGAGCAAGGUGUUGGUGGGUGAUGUCAUCCGCAUGGAGAAUGACGAGUUUGUGGCGGCGGACAUCCUGCUUCUGUCCACCUCAGAACCCAAUGGCCUCUGUUACAUUGAGACUUCAGAGCUGGAUGGAGAGACCAAUCUUAAAUGCAAGCAGUGCCUAACAGAGACGGAGGAGCUGGGGCAGAAUGACAGCCUUAUCGGGGCGUUCCAGGGGGAGGUGCGCUGUGAACCCCCAAACAACCAGCUUAAUAAAUUUGAAGGGACACUCACUCUUAAUGGAAACACCCACUCCCUGGACAACGACAAGAUCCUUUUAAGGGGCUGCAUCCUCCGCAACACACAAUGGUGCUACGGAAUGGUGAUUUUCGCAGGGAAGGACACCAAACUCAUGAUGAACAGUGGAAAAACAAAAUUUAAACGCACAAGUAUCGAUAGGCUUCUCAACUUCAUCAUUUUGGGGAUUGUUUUCUUUCUUCUCUCGAUGUGUUUGUUUUGCACUGUGGCGUGUGGCAUCUGGGAAACACUGAUUGGCCAGUACUUCCGAGACUACCUGCCGUGGGACACCCUGAUCCCCUCUGAACCGGUCCCUGGCGCAGCGGUCAUUGGUCUUCUCAUCUUCUUCUCCUACGCCAUCGUCCUCAACACUGUGGUGCCCAUCUCCCUCUACGUCAGCGUUGAAGUGAUACGACUAUGCCAGAGUUUCCUGAUCAACUGGGACGACGAGAUGUAUUAUGCCCCCAACAAGACUCACGCCAAGGCAAGGACCACAACGCUGAACGAGGAAUUGGGACAGAUUGAAUACAUCUUCUCCGACAAGACUGGCACUCUCACGCAGAACAUCAUGGCGUUCAACAAGUGUUCCAUCUCCGGCCGUUCCUUUGGGGAGAUUAUUGACCCACGUACUGGAGACCCUAUAGAAAUAACUGAGCACGUACAAGCUGUGGACCUCUCGGAGAACCCCUACCAUGAGCCCUCCUUCCGAUUCUACGACCAGAGCUUAAUUGAUGCGCUGGAGGUCGGAGACGAGAGUUGUGAGGCGUUCUUCCGACUUCUUGCCCUUUGUCACACUGUCAUGCCGGAGGAGAAGAACGGCCGUCUUGAGUACCAGGCGCAAUCACCAGACGAGGGUGCGUUGGUGUCGGCAGCAAGGAAUUUUGGGUUCGUCUUCAAGUCACGCACUCCGAACAGCAUCACCAUUUCUGCGAAGAAAAUGCAGGAAACUUACGAACUUCUCUGCAUUCUGGACUUCAACAAUGUUCGUAAGAGAAUGUCGGUGAUUUUGAAGAAGGACGGCAAGAUAAGGCUAUACUGCAAGGGGGCUGAUUCCAUUAUCUACGAGAGACUGAAGGACGGCCAGGAGAGCUUGAAACGACACACACAGGAGCACCUCGAUGCAUUUGCUGGAGACGGCCUUCGAACACUGUGUCUCGCUUACAAAGACCUGGAGGAGGAUUACUUUCAGGACUGGAAGAGCCGGCACCAUGAAGCUGCUGUGUCUCUCGAUAACAGAGAUGCAAAACUUGAUGCCAUUUACGAAGAGAUAGAGAAGGACCUGGUGCUGCUUGGAGCCACAGCGAUUGAGGACAAGCUACAAGAUGGUGUGCCACAGACCAUCGCAAACUUGGCCAUGGCGGGAAUCAAGAUUUGGGUGUUGACUGGUGACAAACAAGAGACUGCUAUCAACAUUGGCUAUUCCUGCCAGCUGCUGACAGAUGACAUGGUGGAGAUCUUCGUGAUAGACGCCCAGAGUGCAGGAGAGGUGGAGGAACAGCUGCAGCGGACCAGGGAACAGAUCCGUAACAUGUCCCACUCCACACACAACCAAACCAGUCUGAGUGUGGUCACUUUUAGUGAAGAUGCGCUAGGGGGCGACACACUGAGCGAGGCAGGGGAGAGUGAGGUGCGAGCAGACUACGCCCUCGUCAUCAAUGGUCACUCCCUCGUCUUUGCCCUCAACGCCAAAUACGAGAGACUGUUCUCGAGGUUGCCAGCUGGUGCAAGGCGGUGAUCUGCUGCCGGGUGACGCCGCUGCAGAAGGCGAUGGUGGUUGACUUGGUGAAGCGAUACAAGAAGGCUGUGACGCUGGCAGUGGGUGAUGGCGCCAACGAUGUCUCCAUGAUCAAAACGGCGCACAUAGGCGUGGGCAUCUCUGGACAGGAGGGUCUGCAGGCGGUGUUGGCGUCGGACUACUCGGUGGCUCAGUUUAAGUUCCUGGAGCGCCUACUGCUGGUUCACGGGCGCUGGUCCUACUACCGAAUGUGUAAAUUUCUACGCUAUUUCUUCUAUAAAAACUUCGCCUUCACUCUCUGCCACUUCUGGUUUGCGUUCUUCGUCGCUUUCUCCGCCCAG